UGACCGUGCCGGGAGGAGCUCCAUCGACAUUGUGAUCUUGAGUGGACUUAUUACCCUUUGUUACCUCCACCCUCUUCCACCACGGAAGAUCGUUGUCGAAAGGCGUGAGUGACAGCGCACUCGCCAAGCGGCUCCAGGCGGUCGGCUAAAACGUCGGGUUUUUUGAAUACGCUGUAAUGGCAUCUUGAAGAAUUCAUCGUUAAUGGUUUUCAUGACAGCAAGCGUGUAUGGGGCCGUGGGCAUUUGAUGGACCAAACAACGGCCAAUUCUAGCCCGCUGGUUUCUUCCAGGCGUCUUCCUCUUUCCUCUUACUUUUUUCCUCGUUACUUACCACAAAGCCAUGAUUGCUCGUCUUCCUCUCGCUCUCGCUGUCGCAUCAGCGCUUGUCCAUGUCGCAUCAGCUCAGCUUCAAGUCCUCAGUCCUGGUGGAGAUAAUUUGUGGUGGGUUGCGGAUAACGAGAAUCUGCUUGUAUGGAACUGUAACGAGUCUCAGGAGCAAACUUUCACUGUCUUAGUUGAUAAUCCUAACAUGGCCUCAGCUCUCGCAAUUAUUGCUGAGCAGCCGAACUAUGUGUGUUCGUUGUUGGUUACCAAAGACCAGAUGGGCGGUCUCCCCGUUGGUACCGGUUACGUUGUUCAGUUGGCAAAUCCAUUAAAUGGCACCGAUGUCUACGCACAAUCUUCUGCUUUUGAGAUCAAAGCCGCUGGCAGUGCAUAUCCCAGUACUACUGUCUCCCCGGAAAGCGCCACGUUCACUCCCUCCAGCUCUGGAUCUUCUAGCUCUGCUACUACUACCAGUAGCGACUCAACUUCUUCCUCUUCUAAUGAUGGCUUUGGGGUCAAAGCCUCUAUGAGUGCUGUUGUCGUUGGUGCAAUUAUGGGGAUGUUCAUGCUCUAAAUUCAGACCUUGUUUAGAGAUUAGACAUUUUUUAUCGAGCUCAUUUCCUUGAAUAGUAGUAUCAUACUUUCAUGUCUUCUUAUGAUCUAUUGUCGUUGUCUUUUUUCCCACUUAUCUACUCUCCCUGUCACUCCCUUCUAAUAACAUUCGUUUGAACAUUGCGUUAC